AUGUUUAACUCCAACAAUUACUACGCCUUUGCCGGCGAGAUCACCACCAACAGCCUCGGAGAGCCCGAGCUUCUUUGUAAUAACUAUGGCGUCGAGUUCUCUGAGGCUCGCGCAUAUGUCAACCUCCAUGAUCUCGACCUGCUCGAAAAGAGCAUUUACAGGCUUUUCCCAGAGAAGAAGCGUGGGGUGAUGGUCGUACAGGCAACAGAGCUGAACUACGGAAGCUUGAUCGUGACGUGUCGGGUGGACCACCGCAUCGCGGAUGCUUACUCGGCCAAUCUGUUCUUCGUAUCGUGGGCCGAGUCCGCUCGUUCCAUGCCCAUUUCCAUAGUUCCAUCGUUCAGACGGUCGCUGCUCAGCUCGAGACACCCUCCGAAGCACAGCCCUUCCAUGGAUGAGUUGUACAUGCCUUUGCCAUCUGUUUCAUCACCACCUAAACCUAAACGAAACCCCGAUUCCGACAGCGAUCUCGACGAGUUUGUAAGCCGAGUUUUUUACAUCGAAGCCUCGAAGAUCGACGAGAUUCAGUGUCUCGCAAGCUCCGAGUACUCGCGUGUCACCAAACUCGAAGCCUUCUGUGCGUUUCUGUGGAAACUGACGGCGAAAACGAAGCAGAAGUCAGGCGGUGCGAGAAAGGCAGCACUGGGAAUCGUCAUUGACGGGAGGACAAGGCUGGGAGAUAACGGCGUUAACAACAUGGGUUCUUAA